ACACCAAAUAAACAAAUAUUAAAUCUGAAAAUUAGGGAAACUUGGUGAAAAAGCUCUUAUCCAAUUAUUUAAUCUAAAAUAUUUAGAGGGAGGGAACAUGAAAAACAAAAAAUCUUAUCCGAUAAUUUAGUCUGAAAAUCCUAAGAGAGUAGAAUACAUAGAUAGAGUGGUUAAAACCCACUAACGAAAAACAGAGUACAAGAAUGAAAAACAUCAUGAAUUCCACUUCAUCUUCAACCUGUCUCUAUGUUUUCUCUUCAAAUUCAGUUACCCUUUUCCCUCCUUUCUCUGCAAUUUAAAUACCCUUUUUGAUUCUUAUUCAAUCAACCAAAAAAACUCACUCUUUUUGUUGAAUUUCGAUACCCUUUAGCAAAAAGAUUACUCUUUUGCGUUGAAUUUAUAUACCCUUUUGAGUUGUUCAUCAUUUUGUUUCUCUACAAUGAGUUCUACACCAACCCCACCACAAAACUAUUCCUCAGUUUCUGCUCCUAGACCUGCUCAAAAUCAUAAUCAUAAACAUGAAAAUCAUCAAAAUAGUCGUCAAAGACAUGGAAACCGUUGGUCUUCCAACCCAAAGGCUGCACCUUUAGCUGUUGCUGGUAGUGGUAGGUCUGCUGUUGUUGGCAGUGGAAGUAGCAGAGCUGCUGUUUGUAGUAAUGCCGCUGGAAGAAACAGUACUGGCAAUGGCAGUGGCAGAGGCAGAGCUGUGUGUUCCUCUACAUUGAGUUCUUUAUAUGAUGGCAGGCAAUCUAGGUUGGCUCCUGAGUUUUCUGGCAGGAGGACAACCCGGUUUUCGGCGAAGAUGCAUUCUGGAAUGCCAAGGGUAACACCUAACAAACAUGCUCAUUCUGAUGUUGCGGAUGAGGCGCUUCGUUGUCUUUUUAAAGCUGGUAAUAAUAUUGCUGCUAUUGAUAAUGUUUUAAUUGAAUAUGAACCUAAGUUAAGGAAGGUGGAAGAUUAUAUUUAUAUGAUUAAAGAGUUUGGUAAUACUGGUCAUUUUUUAUUGGCUACAAAGUGUUUUGAUUUUGUUAUAUGGAAGCAAAAUGGUAGGGUUGCUAAGGGUAAGUUAACAAGUACUAUGAUUGGUACUCUUGGUAAGUUAGGGAAGAUUGAUCUUGCUUUGAGAUUGUUUGAAAGUGCUAGACUUGAAGGGCAUGGAAACACCGUCUAUUCCUUUUCGGCCAUGAUUAGUGCAUAUGGCCGAAACGGGCACUUCCCUGAUGCUGUGAAUUUGUUUAGGUCCAUGAGUAGCUGGGGAAUUGAACCUAACUUGAUUACGUACAAUUCAUUAAUUGACGCGGGGGCUAAAGGGGAGGUGGAUUUUAAUGUUGUUGUUGAGUUUUAUGAUGAAAUGCUAGCAAACGGUAUAGUUCCGGAUCGUCUUACUUACAAUUCAAUGCUUUCUGUUUGUGCCCCGAAAGGCAUGUGGGAAAUGGCUCAAAAGUUAUUGAGGGAAAUGGAUCAAAAGGGUAUUGUUCCUGAUGUGUUUACUUAUAACACAUAUUUGGACACGCUGUGCAAGGGCGGACAGAUAGAUUUGGCUAGGAGGGUCUUGGAAGAGAUGUCUUCCAAGCAAGUUUGGCCAAAUGUUGUGACUUAUAGCACAGUGAUGGAUGGCUAUGCCAAGGCUAACCUCUUGGAAGAUGCCCUAAGUUUGUACGAAGAAAUGAAACUCCGAUCUAUUCGUGUGGAUAGAGUGUCAUAUAACACACUUGUCGGAAUCUAUGCGAAGCUCGGCAGGUUUGAUGAAGCUAUUGAUAAGUGCAAAGAGAUGGAGAGAUGUGGAAUUAAAACAGAUGUAGUAAGUUACAAUGCACUUUUGUCCGGGUACGGAAGGCAUGGCAUGUAUGAUGAAGUUAGAAGACUAUUUGAAGAGAUGAAGGCUCGGAACAUAUAUCCAAAUACGCUAACUUACUCUACAAUGAUUGACGUGUACACUAAAGGUGGAAUGUUUCAGGAAGCAAUGGAUGUUUAUAAAGAGUUCAAGAUGGCACGAUUGGAGGUGGAUGUUGUCUUUUAUAGUGCAAUCAUAGAUACGCUAUGCAAAAAUGGUUUGGCGGAGUCUUCAGUUGUGUUGCUUAUGGCAAUGAUAGAGAAAGGAAUCAAACCAAAUGUGGUCACUUUCAACUCCAUAAUUGAUGCAUCUCGACAAUUGCCAACUUUUGAAUAUGGAGUCCAUGGUUCUUCACAAGCCGUUGUGCAUCCGACUGAACAAUCAUCUUCUACGGUUAUUGAUGGUGCUUUUCAGAUUAAGCCGGGGGAGGACCGGAUCUUGAAGAUGUUCGAGCAACUUGCUGCUGAAAAAGCCGGUCAUAUAAAGAAGGAUAGGAGGGGAAGACAAGACCAACACUGCAUAUUGUGGCUCUUCCAAAAAAUGCAGGAGCUUCACAUUAAACCAAAUGUUGUCACAUUUUCAGCCAUUUUGAAUGCUUGCAGUCGUUGCAAUUCAUUUGAGGAUGCUUCAAAGCUGUUAGACGCGCUCCGCUUGUUUGAUAACCAGGUCUAUGGUGUAACCCAUGGACUGUUGAUGGGUUACGGAGAACAAGUAUGGUUUCGGGCUCAAACUCUUUUUGAUGAAGUAAUGCGUAUGGAUUCUUCAACUGCGUCUGCCUUUUAUAAUGCCCUCACGGAUAUGUUGUGGCACUUUGGUCAGAGACGUGGAGCUGAAAUGGUUGUAAUUGAAGGGAGACGGCGAAAUGUGUGGAAAGGUGAAUGGUCGAUUUCUUGCGUGGAUCUGCAUCUGAUGUCUUGCGGUGCUGCUUGUGCAAUGGUUCAUACAUGGUUGCUCUAUUUGCAUAGUACUCUUUUUGAAGGCUGUCAACUACCUAAGAUUGUGAACAUUUUAACUGGUUGGGGAAAACACAGCAAAGUGAUGGGUGAUGGUACUUUGAAAAAGGCUGUUGAAGCACUCCUUAAUGGAAUAGGAUCACCAUUUAGAAUUGCUGAGGGUAAUUUGGGAAGAUUUGUAUCUCCUGGAGAUUUGGUGACUACUUGGCUGAGACAACCCGGCGUUUUCAAUUUGCUUGUUCUGUCUGAUGUCUUAAAUCGUUCUCAAGCUGCUGCUCCUUCGCAUGCAUGAUUUUCCAGAAUGUUUGUUUUGUUGCAUUGGUGCAGGCAAUGAAGAUUAAGAUUGGGUUGAACUAGCUCAAACUAAAGAAGGGUCAUACUUUUUUUAGUGUUGCUAGGAUUUGUUUUGUAACCUAGAGUUGAUUCCUUCGCGAUACUUUGUGUAAAGAGGGCAUUGUGAUAGUCUUAUAAAGCACAGACACUCCUCAGAUUAUGCUUGUCACCGACACAGAUGAUUAUAUUCAACUAUGUCAUCUUUUCGAAUUAUUAUCGGUGUCCAUGUCGUGCUAGUGCCCAUGUAUGUGUUUGUGGUUCAUAUUAGAGUCCCCUCUUCCUGGGAGUGGUUUGUAUUGGUUCAAUUUUUUUCUCCCAGUGUAACUUUUUGUAUUGGUCAUACUUUUGUUGUCUUUUGUACAUUAGAGUUACUCUUUAACCCUUCAUGGAAGGUGGAGAGAGUUUUCACUUGUGAUGCAUAACUCGAUGGCAACAAUAUUUUUUUUACAUCA